CAGCGAGCCUCGCCUGACAAGAUGACAAGAGGAAAGCUGAAACAUUAAAUUUUUGUUGUUUUUCAGUUUUGGACUUUUGGUUUUGCCGGUUUUGAAAUUAUUUUAUCAUAAUAUAAAGUGUGAAAAUAGCAUGGAUGAGAAGGAGGAGGAGACCGCCACUGUUUGGGCGCUUUUCAAAACCAAUUUCUCCUAUAUUUUUCGUGAAGACUAUCAUGGUGAAGAUGUCAAGAAAAUAACUAAUGUUUUGAAAAAUCUGUGCUGUGUGCAGUCUCAAACAGCACUGUUUGUUCCUUCAAAACAGAAAGAUGAAACCGAAUCUGAUUUCAAAAAACGAUUUCUUGUGCGAAUAGCUCAAGUUAUCUGGCUGCUGGGCCAACUGAUGCAAAUUGCCUGCCAUGAAAGAUUAUCAAAAUUGCAUCAAGUUUCUGUGGAAGCUCAAAUCAGUAUUUUGGGACUUUUAGCUGAGAAAAAUAAUGUCAUGUUCAAAGUUCUCAUAACGGAGUACAUUCAACUAUUCGAAGAUAUUUUGAACCUAAGAGAUGAAUUUGGAAAAUCGAUGGAGUUUAAAGAGCAUAAGAUUAAAAGGUUUCAUCCGAACAAUAUGGCGAUUCUGCCUCCUGAAAGUGCGUCUGAAUACAGCAGUGAAAAUUAUCCAUUCAUCAUAUCUUCUCGCGAUGAUUGCUCUCUUUUAUUGGAAAAGUUACUUCCUAUUAUUUCGUCGCAAUUGCCUAUGCUGGUGAACUGUUCAGAGCCGAUACCGCUGCUUUGUGAUCUGAUUGAAAGGUCACUGCAAGAUGAUUCCAAGAUUGUUGUAACAGAAACGAUCAAUAUGCUAGCCAAUUUGGCACAUUCCAAUGGCUUCAACUCCGAAUUGUCAAUUUCCACACUGAAAAUAUGUCAGAAGCUUGGUACCUAUAUGAGAGCAUUUGAUACGACUGGUGAUGAUACUUUGCUGAAUCGGGGCUUGGAAGCAUUCAAAAAGUUAUUUGAUGCUCUCAUCGAGACUAAUGGUACGUGUCAUCCAACUCUCAACAAGAUUCUACUCGAUUCAUUGAUUCCUCUUGUUGAAAAAGAUAGUCUAUCCAUGAGAUCUGAUGUUGGUCAAGGUAUUAGCAAGUUGAUAGCUGUUCUUUUAGCGUCAUGUUUUUUGGAGAAUGACAGCAUUUUGAAAACGCAAAUCAAGGCUCUCCUUCCAGAUGUCUCUUACUGCCUGAAAAUUAUGCCGAUAUUGGAAGAACUUGUCAAAAAAGAAAUGUCUGCUUCUUUCAAAGGAAUGGAUUUACCUGAAGAUAUAAUGAUACUCGAUAGAAGACCAGAUGAAGCGAUUAGUCUGAUGGACAGUGAACUUUGGGAAUGUUUGUGCAAUUCGUUAGUCUCUAAACUUGAAAUGAUCGAUUGUUUAGCAACUGUACAUGAAGACUUGAUGAUAUUGGUGUCAUCUGUUGUUCGGUCUGCUGCCAACUUGACUGGACUACUAGAUCGCUUUCAAGAUGGCACUAUCGCCGCUUUCAAUUCGAACUUUUUCAUUGCUGUUUCGACUGUUGCAUGCAACUGCUCCUCUGAAACCAAUUUUUCAUGCUUUCAACAUUUGUUUGAAGUGGUAACUAAUCUGAUGCUUCUCCCGGAGAGUGUUAACAUCAAUGAAGAUAUUUUGAAGCGGAUGAUAAUAAUUGUAUCUCUGCCGAUUACGAAGGACGACCGUGCGAUAGAAGAUUUCUUCAAAGAUAAAAGAGAGGGCGAUUCCGUUAGGUGUCAGUUGAAAGGUGUGGUCUCUUUGAUAAGAAAAGAAGAGAGCAACCCACUUUUUGAAAAAGUGCUGAAGGACUGUAUUUUAGGUCUUGGUAGAAUGGUGGCCAAUAAUGAAAUAGAAGUCAGAGUGAGGCUCCUAGUCGAAUGCUUCAAUAACAAGCUAUUUUUAUCAGAAAUAAUUGAAAGUGUGCCCUUUCUUGUGAAGCUCAUGCACUCAUUGUAUACAGAGCUGGAUCAAUUGAUCUUGCAACCUUCAUUAUCGAUGGAUAACAUUCAAAUUCAAAUAGCCGCCUGUGAAGCAGUCUCAGCUUUGGUUUGCAUCAUGUCCAGCACUGCUUUCGUGACACGAACUGGUCACGGCCAUGGCAGAAUGAAAGUCAUGUGCAAAGAGUGUGAUUUGGCAAUAAAAGAAGGCCAGCUCAACUCGAACAACCAGAUUCACAUGCUAUUGAAAUGUGUUCUGAAGUUGUUAUCGUCUCCUUCGGCAGAGGUGUUACUAAAGAUUAUACCACUUCUACGUCGCUUCGCAAAUCAUCUAUCUCUGUUCCACACUUUGGACUGCGUCAACAGGUGGAUUGUGCUGAUAAAACAUCCCAACAACGAGGUGAGAGAGAGCUUUGUUAAUGUUGUAGCCGAUCUCCUCUUCAGAAAGAAGUGGAUCAAAAGACACGAGGAUUGUAUUAUAGAAGAGGUUGGUCUUCUCAGUCAGUAUGAUCGACAGGAACUGAUGAACUCGGAGCUUCUUCUUACUUCUUUCAAAACAGUCGCAAUGGAUACAGUUUGCGACAGUCUAGUUCCUCAACCUAAAAAGAAUCUGCAACUAACUACAAUGGCAGCUAUAGGAAAUGUUGGUAUGACGCCGCUAGACUCUGUGCUCUACCCAACGUUCAAAAUGCUUCUCAUGUACGUUCUUCAUCCGAACUCGUGUGUGAGCUCAGCAGUUGUCCAUUUACAGAAAAUCGCUGAAAAACAUAACAAACUAUUAAAGGAAAUUUUCUACAAAUACCGUGGUGAAUUCUGCAAACAGCUAGCUGACAUGCUCAUGAUGAAAAAACCGUUGAAUAAAUAUGCUUUGUCUAGUAUGUUUGUCAAGUUUUCGCGUGCUUUAUCCUAUGAGAAGGAAGACACAUUUUUGGCCCAAAAUGCUUCCAGCCACCUUCUGAAGUACAUCCUGCACGUGGUGCUCGAGGAACCUGAAUUUGAAUGGAUAAUCUACUACAUUGGAGAUAAAUUGGAGAGGGAUGUUUCCACAUUGAUGAAAGAAGGCUUCCAGCAUGUAUAUCCAUACUUCUACAUGAAUGAGGAUGCUUGCACCCUUGACAAAGUUUGCGAAAUUACGGAAAAUCUUACAGGAAAAACUAGAGAAGCACUCAUCAAAUCCUGCUACAAGACAAUUGUGUGUGAAAUAUUAUUGCACAUUCAUGGAAAAAAAGAACGCGUACUGGAUGCACUCAAUUAUUUGAAAUCAGAUGUGUUUACGCUUGAAGAAUACACACCGAAUGUGAUAGAGUUUCUGGCUCCACGCUUUCUUGGUGUAGUUGGCAUGAUGGAAAGCAGAUUAGUGAGUAGAGAUUCUUCAGAUGAGGAGAAAAAAAAGGUGCUGCUGGCAUUGCCGGAGAUCUUCACACUGAUGGGUGCCAAGCACAUCACACCUGUUCAUCUUGUGGACAGGGUUCUAUAUUUUAUGUGA